AUGAACAGGUUUUCGUGCACUGCAAAACCCAAAGAUCUGAGUAGCCUGUACAGUGGUGAAGAUGGAAGCCAACUGGACGAUACAGAACCCCGAUUUGUGAGAAGGACCAAGGAUCCAAUCGGUUGCUUUGGCGUUGCGUACACGAUCAGGAAAGGUAAAGAGCGAUCAGUGAGAAUGGGAUCGAAGAAAAACUUUACGUCGAACGCUGGUGUGCCCACCUGCGAGGACCCCCGCGUACUUCAAUGGGUACUGUCAAAUCGAGGGAAAAGGUGGACUGUAGAUAGUGGCAAAUCUCUUCAUCCCUAUCUAUUGUGGCGAAGUAUCAACCCAAACGACAAUAGGCCUGAAGAAAACCUUAAUACCCGGAUGGUGUUACAACGAGCAAAGUCUGUUGAUGGUCUGACAACUAUAGCGAAUGAUCAGCUUUACGAUACCCCAAAAGCAAAGAGGGGGAAUGGGUCGAUGGAAUCAUCAACAAAUACCCUGUCAAACGACAUGUUAUAUGAAAAAAUAGAGUUCUCCUCACGUUGCCCCUCACAAACAACUUCCUUAUCGUCGGCAUUUCUGGGAAACCACACAGAUGUCACAAGAAAUAACAACCGGCCGUGGGUUAAUAAUGCCGACCAGCGAAGAUCCAGAACGCAGGAAUUUGGCGUAUCCGACCAUCGUGCUACCCAGAGAUCGACGCAGCUUCGUAUACAAACAAUGGUAUUGCCGGGGUGGAAGCAGAGAAUCAACGAAAAUCAACCAGCCAUGGAUAUGAACGACUAUGAAGCAGUAUGCAACAGUCUCACAACACCGACUGAAGCCGCUAGAAGUGCAAAUAUGACUUCCAGCACCAGUACAAUCACAACGACCAGUUCAGAAUCGCAAACACGGAAGGGCAAACGGUUUAUAUCAACAGCAACAAUCUAUUUAUCCGGUAGGCUGAAAGAUUAUGCUCAAGGGGAGUCUUCGGGUCCAAAAACCAUAGGUAUUCUGAACCAGCCGAGCAAUUCUCCCAGAAUAAGAGCUAAAGCAUGUGAUUUACAGAGCAGAACGCAGAAUAUGAAAGUUGAAACUAUCACAACUAAAAGAACAGCGUUUGAAUCAUCGUUGGUGAGCAACAAUAACCUCUAUGAUAGAAGCGACAGUGGAUCACGUUCAGCAAGCGAAACAGAGGCACAGACGUUUGCUAAUUUCCCACUACAUGAUGAGUUUCUGGGACUCUCACUUAUACAGUCCAGUUGUCCAACGAUUGACACAGAGGAUGAUCACGUGACAUCCGUUUCACAGAAAAUACCCGAAAUGGAGUGGGACUCCACAUUUGAGGGUGCAUGUGGUGCAGUCGGGUCACCGGUAUGGGCGCACAUAACGUCCGAGAGCGAACAAAAUGUUACUGGGCGGAGUUUUCCAAAAAACGAUGCACGAAACAACGAUCAAAUGGGGCCAGUACGCUCCAAGCAGUGGUGCAACCUGCGGUCCACACCACUUGUAAAACCACUAACAAAGGAGAAUCUUGGAAUGCACAAUGCGAAUUGGGCAGGUUAA